UCUAUUUCCAUCGCUCCCACUCUUUCUCUCAAGUUCUUAUCUCUCUCUCUCUCUUUUUAUUUACAGUGCUUCUUUCACUAAACAUCAUAGUGUGUCUUCAGAUUCAGUGCCAUAAUUUUUGUUUUCGUCUCCAUUUAUUGCAUAUGAAAAGUUCUUCUGUGUAUUUGUGAUUUCUCACCUCUGAAUCUUUUUAGUCUUCAAAUCGUGAAAACAUCUUUCACCGUUCUUUAAGAAGAUGGGCAGAGCAGCAAGAUGGUUCAAGGGUAUUUUCGGUAUGAAAAAGAGCAAAGAGAACAGAGUUUCCGGCGACGGUGAAUAUUCCGGCAACGGAGGAGGAGAAGCUGGUGGGUCCCUCAUUCACCGAAAAGUUCUCCAAGCAGACUCCGUCUGGCUCAGAACCUACUUGGCAGAAACAGACAAGGAACAGAACAAACACGCUAUUGCGGUUGCUGCCGCCACUGCCGCAGCCGCAGACGCAGCGGUUGCAGCUGCUCAAGCUGCCGUUGCGGUGGUUAGGCUAACAAGUAACGGAAGAGCCGGAGGAUAUUCCGGAGGGAACGUAGUGGAGCGGUGGGCCGCCGUGAAAAUUCAAACAAUUUUCAAGGGCUAUUUGGCGAGGAAAGCUUUAAGAGCUUUGAAAGGUCUAGUGAAGCUCCAAGCUUUGGUGAGAGGAUAUUUGGUUCGCAAACGCGCCGCCGAAACGCUUCACAGCAUGCAAGCUCUCAUCAGAGCACAAACUAGCGUUCGGUCUCAACGCAUCAACCGUAACAACAUGUUAAAUCCUAGACAUUCCCUUGAGAUGUUUGAUGAUUCAAGAAGCGAAGUCCAUAGCAAGAGAAUAUCAAUCUGCGUGGAGAGACAGGGCAGCAGCAACAACAACGUGUACGAUGAGACCAGUCCCAAGAUUGUUGAGAUUGACACUUACAAAACGAAAUCAAGAUCGAGGAGAAUGAACGUUGCUGAAUCCGAGUGUGGUGAUGAUUUCAUCUACCAAGGCAAAGACUUCGAAUGGAGUUUUCCAGGAGAUAAAUGCAAGUUUCCUACGGCUCAAAACACUCCAAGAUUCUCUUCAUCGAUGGCGAAUAAUCAUCAUUACUAUACACCGCCUUCACCGGCAAAGAGCGUUUCCAGAGACGUUUGUUUUAGGCCUAGUUAUCCUGGUUUGCUGACACCGAGUUAUAUGGCUAAUACGCAGUCGUUUAAGGCCAAGGUGCGUUCCCAUAGCGCGCCAAGACAGCGUCCUGAUAGAAAGAGGUUGUCUCUUGAUGAGAUUAUGGCGGCUAGGAGUAGCGUUAGCGGGGUGAGGAUGGUCCAACCGCAACCGCCAACCGCAACCGCAGCAAGAGAUCGUCAGUUUCCUCAAGAACCGGCGGACUUUAGAUUCUAUAACUAGAAAGAAACGUUUAUUUCGUCCUUGAGAAAAAGAUCGUCAUUGCUUUUGACUUUUCAUCGAGGACUUCUUUUAUUUUCUUUAUCUUUUCGUCUUUUAUUUUCUCCCUUUUCUUCGGGCUCUUAUUUUUGUAAAGGUUUGCUUUGGAAAAGAAAAUGUUAAAUUUGUUUCUAGUUA